AUGAGAUUCUUCGUGGCUUUUGCGACUCUGGCACCCUUGCUGGCACUUCGUGGGGCUCUUGGAUCCUCACACAAGGGCAGCAGUAAGUGCCCAUGCAUAGAAGAGCACUCAGAGUUUGUCAAGGCAAAAUUGGAGUUCAACGGAUCGCAUCAUUCUCGCUUUGGUAUUGGCUGUAAAACACACAAAAUCGAUGAAGGCUUUGCAGUUCAUUUGUACCAGAGCGGUGCUGCAGCACAGCUCAAAUGCGGUCCAUCUCUUGAAUCACCUUGGUGCAACACGACGUGGUGCUAUGUCAACCGAGAGAAUUGCCAUUUGAAUUGGGACUGGGGUGUAUUGGGGCAGCCCUAUUCUUAUGCAACCUGCGGGAAUUUGCGACAGGCAAGUGACGAUUACUUCAAAAAGUCGAUGGCCGCAUUCCUGCAGGGCGAUUCUCUCCGCGUCUUCCACCCAGAGAAUAGUUUGGUUCGAGGCUACUUGGGAAACACCGAGUGCCACAACCAGUACCAGAAAUACCCGCAGAAUCAGAAGUGCAAAGGUCGGAUAGCAGAGUUUUGGACAACGGCACUGGACGAGCUCAACCGGUCCCAAGUUCAAGUUGACCAUACAGUCAUCAAAGGCGGUGAGAAUGGCAUCGACCAAUAUUUCAUUGACUUCGACAUCAAGAAGGCUUUUGAAGAGUACAAGGCAAGAUUUCCAAAGCAAUGGGCUGGGCAGCCUUCAAACAAUUUUGAUCUGUGUGCCUUCGCAACAGGAAUGGGUUAUGUGGACUUGUGCUCUGGGGCAUUCAGCUUGACUCGUCGAAGGCAAGCAAUGACCUUCGUGAUUGAGCUGUACACCUCUCCAGUCUUCAUGGUAUCCAGGAGCAAGUGUGAUUUCUUGGUGUCAGAAGACUUGGGCUCCAAAAAAUUCUGGGUGUGGUGGUUUCUUGUCUUCAGUCCAAGAGCCUGGCUUUUCUUUCUGGGAGUCGUCUUCUUUUUCAUUGUCGCCAUGAAAUGCCUUGACACGCUCGGCGAAGGGACCGGACAGGUCGACACCGAUAGCAAUUGCUUCUGGUCAAUCACCCGCAAAGUCGCUGAUGCCUUUAUUGGCGUGUUUGAGGCUUUUUGUCUUAAAAGGAAUGCCAUGGACAAGGACAAUUUGGACAAGUGCCGCAAUUGCUUCUGGUCAAUUGCCCGCAAAGUCGCUGAUGCCUUUAUUGGCGUGUUUGAGGCUUUUGUCUUGAAGUCGAAAACCAGCCCCUGGAGGCUCUCGCAAAGACCAAGGAAUUCUCGCUCAUCGCACAUGCUACGUUUGGGCCUCGGCUUCUUCAUUUUGUUGAGCACAACACUCUAUGGUGCCAACAUCACUUCAAAGUUGGUCUCAGCAAAAGAGGUGAAAGGCGAGUUUCCAAGCUUGCAGGCUGCAUGGGAAAUAGCACAGGGACCCGGACCUUUAGGACCUUUUGAUCCUUUUGUUAACAGAAACAUCACCUUAUGCACCAACUCAGCGCUCAAAGACUUUUUGAACUUUGAUAGAAAGGACAACUUCUUGCUGGGAUUGGAUACCUGGGAAGAGGUUUUGACGGGCUUGAAAAGCGGCACAUGCAAUGCUGCACUCUUGGCGGAAGAGGCUUGGAAAACUUUUCGAAACCGAGCUGAGCUCUGCGGCUUUUACCAAAACCCAACACCUGAGUUCUACUUGCCUCAAGGUGCUGUGGUAUCCAAACGAGCUUACCGAACUCUCGAAACCUUCCGAUUUGCCCCUACUGAACCUUCAGUCUUCUUGGACAAGUCAAAGGUGCCCACAGAUAGCUGCCACGGGACCUCAGCAGAGGAUCUUUGUGACAACAAGGGUGGUGUGCCAUGGUAUACGCUUUUUAGUCUUUUUCUGGUGGCAGCCGCAUGUGGCUUGUGUAGUUUGCUUGGCAUCGUUCACAAGAACAUGGGAGGAGUAGAUAGCGAGGCCGACGAGGAAGAUCCAAAUGCGUGGGCGAGUCUGGAGGAGCUGUCUUGGAUGCUAGACUGUGUGCAAGCAUGGUUUGAAAGAGGACUGCAGGAGUUCAUGAGAUUCACAUAG